CCCGUUGCCAUAGUUACAAAGUUGACGCUUGUAACGACGUGGAAUUCCGUGAGGGAAUUAGGGGUGUGUAGCGGUUUUUAUUGUUUGCAGAAAAUCGCAAAGGAGCAGUUUUAAAUAAAUAAAAAAAAACCGCAAAUCGAUACAGCAAAGUAAAAAGUAUAAGAUUUUUAAGGAUAUCAAUUUUCAGACAACGCCAUGUCUCAAAGCACAUAUAACAAACUGUGGACUGACGCUCACAAGGAACUGGAUGAUCUUUUGAGUCAGGAGCUUCCCCCCGAGCCCUUACCACCUGAGAGAGACCGCGUGGUGUUCUUUCAGCGCCUCACCACCCUGUAUGUGCGCUACGUCAGGAUCUUCAGGCAGCUGGAGGAGGCCUAUGAAGAGAUCGUCCACCCGCAGAAGAGGAGGCUGAUCCGGGACGUACUAAAUGAAGUGAUUGGACGCGUGCUGGAGCUGAAGAACGAAAUGGUGGAAAAAGAGUUCUCCGAGUACCAUUAUAUGGAUGAUGUCAUCCAGGAUUUAAAACUGAUGCCUGAGGAUCUUGAGAUUCCAAUCCCGAAAUAUUUCAGUAGAGAAAGGAGUAAAGCCUUGCAGGAGCAAGCCGCAGUUCUCCAUAGCAUAUUGGUCCAGAAAGGAAUAGUGGAGAAACCAAAAUCUGCUGCAGUGCCGCUAAUGAGUCAGGAGGAGGCCAUCAGAAUCAUUCAGGUGUCAGAGAGGGCGCGGCAGGGUUGUCUGAGGACCAACAUCAUGAAGGAGAUCCGCAGGGACGCAGAGAGACAGAGGAAGGCCGCGGACAAGGGUGCUGGUGGAGUGACCGUGGAACAGGCUGCUAUUCAAAUUCAGAAGGUGUGGAAAGGUUAUGUACAGAGGAAGAGGACGAAGCAGGAGUGCGAAGAUGAGAUGAUUGCUCUAGGCAUGUCCAUGAAGCCCAGUCUGGCUCAGUUACCCCCCUCUGUGCUCCUCGCUGAAGACAAGAAAGCUGCAAGGAGGGCAAAGCGAGAGGAGCAUGAGGAAGAUUACCAGAAAGCUCUGAUCUCUAUCUUUAAUAUUCUUCGAGAGACAGAAGGUCCAGACAUGAAGGAAACAAUGAAGGAUCAAAUCAGACAGUGGUUCAUUGAGUGCCAUGAUGCAACAGGCUCCUUUCCUGAAUAUCCGAAAGAGGAAGAGGGCGGUUCGGCUGCUAUUUUCGCUAAUAAAACACCUGAGCAGCUGAUGGAAGAGAUGGCAGCUACAGAAUUGGAUGAAGAACAAACAAAGCUGAAAGAAAAGGAACAGCAGAAAGACAAAGCGAAAGGAAAAGCAAAAGGAGAAGAGCAGGAAACUGAACCUGGACUGAAGCUGGGGCCGUCUGAGUUUCUGAACGAGCUACAGAACAACCACAAGAUGUUUACAGAGGUCUGGAAAAAACGUGACGAGUCCUACAACUUCAGCCAAAGACAUGACGCCGAGCUUAUUAAAGAGGAAAAGAGGAAACAGCUCGAUGCAGAAAUAAGACUGCAGGUGGAUGAGCUGAUGAGGCAGGAGCUUGCAAACUGGAAGAUAGCAGUGGAAGGAAAAAAAGGCAAAGGCAAAGGCAAAGGCAAAGGCAAGGGCAAAGCUGGAGGAAAGAAAAAGAAAGCAUCGAAGAGUGGGAAGAAGAAAAAAAAGGCAGACCGAGACCUUACAGCUGAGAGGAGCUUGGAGUCUCUGUAUGAGGAGCUGGUGGUGGAAGGUCUGCUGAAACCUGCCCAAAACGUGAAACUACAUGACUUCAUAGGAGACUACAGCUACCUUGGCACAACUCUGAGGCAGACCGACAUUGAACCCAUGCCUUCCCUAUCUGAUGUGCGCCAGGUUAUAACUCUUUGUGCCGUCCUACCCCUGGGGUCCCAGGCGAUCCAUGAGAAAGCCCCUCUUUUAAAGGCCCUGCUCCUGGUGGGGCCUUCAGGAGUGGGGAAGAAGAUGCUAGUCCAUGCUAUCUGCCAGGAGACGGGAGCGAACCUGUUCGACCUUUCCCCUUUGAACCUGGUUGGAAAGUAUCCAGGAAAGAGUGGGCUGCAGAUGAUGCUGCACAUGGUGUUUAAGGUUGCCAGAUUAUUGCAGCCAUCUGUGGUGUGGAUCGGAGAUGCACAAAAAAUGUUUUACAAGAAAAUACCAAAGGAGGACAAAGCGUUGGAUCCAAAGCGCCUGAAGAAAGAUCUGCCGAAAAUCCUUAAAACUAUCAAAGGUGAGGAUCGUGUCCUUAUCGUAGGGACAACAAACAAUCCACUCAAUGCAGACCUGAAGCUCCUGUGUAAGUUUUACACCAAGAUAAUCCUCAUACCCCGGCCGGACUACGCCUCCAGAUUCGUCAUGUGGAAGGAACUGAUCCAGAGGAACGGCGGUGUAGUGACCAGCGCCCUGGACCUCAGCUCUCUGGCCAAGAUCUCAGAUGGAUACACGCAGGGUCAUUUGGUGCAGGUGGCGAAAGAGAUCCUGACAGAGCGGCGUGUUCAGCAGCUCGCUAAACGCCCGCUGACCAUCAGGGAGUUUGUCUCGCCUCUCUCCAAGAUCGACCCUGUGUUCCAGAAUGAAGAGGAAGCCCUCAAAACCUGGUAUGCGAAAACUCCUCUGGGGAAGAAGCGAGUGAGAGCAGCUACGGGGAUGGAUGGAGAAGAAAGUGCAGCGGCUAAAGGAGGCAAAACUGACAAAAAGAAAGGAAAAAAGUAACUCCACCAGUAGCUGGAUCAUUUUUUUCGGCAGUGUUGGCUGAAGUGCCUUCUUCUCCACCAUGGUUGAAGAUUGAAGUAAUCAAAAUAUUAAAAUAUUUUAUCCUAUUGUUCAUCCUCAUUCUGUGAACUUCCUGCACAAAAUGCACAAAAUUAUUCACUAAUUGUAUACACCCUGAAGUUAAUGCACAGAGAGCAACGCGUAUUAAUGUUUUAUUUGUCUAAAAGCUGCUCAAACUGUUAAAUUCUGUAAAGCUGCUUUGAGACAAUGUCUGUUGUGAAAAGCGCUAUAGAAAUAAACUUGA